GCGUAGCAUCAUGCUAGCUCACUGCCUCAGCUGGACGUCCGCGACGUUCCUGGCAAAAAUGUUUUGUCUUUUAACGUUUUGAUAAAUUCGGCUCCGGUGCUUUAAAGCCAGACGUUUUUGUUAUGUUGUCGGAGGAUGGAAACGGAUGACGUGUCGGUGAGGGAGCAACUUUUCCACAACCGUGUCCGGGAGACUAUCAUCUGUGUACUCCUGUUUACAUGCCUGUACAUUGUUUCCUACCUCAUACUUGCACGCUUCAAGAAGACUGCUGAGUUUAUCACAGAUGAUAUUGAGGAUGCAACUGUCAACAAAAUUGCGCUGUGGUUAUGUACGUUCACGUUGUCAGUUGCAGUAUGUGCCGUGCUGCUUCUGCCCAUCUCAAUUCUCUCCAAUGAGGUGCUGCUCACCUUCCCACAGAGCUACUACAUGCAAUGGCUCAAUGGAUCGCUUAUCCAUGGAUUGUGGAACCUAGUGUUCCUUUUCUCCAAUCUGUCCCUGGUCUUCCUCAUGCCCUUUGCCUACUUCUUCACUGAGUCUGAAGGGUUUGUGGGGUCCAAAAAGGGGGUAAUGGCGCGAGUAUAUGAAGCAGUUGUCCUGUUGCUGCUGCUAGCUCUUCUUGUGUUGGGCAUUGUAUGGGUGGCAUCAGCCUUUCUCCAUGACAACAUGGCGAGGAAGAGCCUCUAUGACCUGUGGGAGUAUUACCUUCCCUACUUGUACUCGGGAAUCUCUUUUUUUGGAGUGCUGCUACUACUUUUGUGUACUCCUUUUGGAUUGUCGCGAAUGUUUAGUGUAACCGGCAGCCUCUUGGUCAAACCCCGGCUGUUUGAAGACAUAGAAGAUACUCUCAGCUGCACCACUUUCGAGGAGGACUCGCUGUCCAGGAAACUGAAAUGUGGCAGUUCUCAGUCAUGCUGGGUCAAGCUGAACAUGGAGGCGAUGAAGAAAGAGCACCAAACAGUCCGGACACAGCGCAUCGCCUUAGAGACACGGAGGAAAGCUUCAGCAUGGCAGAGAAACUUGGGUUAUCCAUUGGCCAUGCUUAUGCUCCUUGCCCUCACAGGGAUGUGUGUACUGAUGGUCUGUUUCAAUGUGUUGGAGUUACUCCUUGAUGAGACUGCUAUGCCCAGAGGAAUGGAAGACCCUCACCUUGGAAUGGCCUCCUUCUCAAUGUUUGGUUCACUGGGUGCAGCAGUUCAAGUUGUCCUCAUCCUCUAUCUAAUGGUGUCCUCAGUAGUAGGAUUCUAUAGCUCUCCGCUCUUCACUGGUCUAGUGCCUCGUGCACAGGACACCAACCUCACACAGAUGAUCGCCAACUGUGUUUCACUUCUCAUCUUAAGCUCAGCACUUCCAGUCUUUUCACGCACACUUGGGAUCACACGCUUCGAUCUACUGGGAGACUUUGGACGGUAUAACUGGCUCGGGAACUUCUAUGCUGUCUUUUUAUACAACAUGCUGUUUGCUGGUCUUACCUCUGCCUCCCUGAUCAAGACGGUCACAUGGGCAGUACAGAGAGAACUUAUUCGUGCAUUUGGUCUCCACAGACUACCUUUAACUGUGUCUCGCUCCACUGUCCCAUUCAGACUCCUCCUGGCAAGUGGGCUGUCUAAAAUCCAGUGACUUAUUACAAAAAAAAAAUAUUUUCCUAACAAGUGAACCAAAUGUGCACCUUUUUGACUAAAGGCUUGAACAAUUCAGCACCAUCGUCAACAUGGACAAUCUGCUUGUGCUAAACGAAGAGACCUAAGGUGAUGAGUCCAGUUCAGUUUGUGCAGUGGGUGUUCUGCUCAGAUAUGUUUGAGGAUCAAAAUAUUGAAGACUGUGCAGUCAUAUAACCUCUAAAGACAGCUCAAUGCAACAUGCACAGGACUGAUGGAAUUAAGCCAUAUACAUUGGCAUCACUGCCAAUCUAACCCCUAAAGGAGCUUUUGAAAGCUACAAUUCAGCAAAGGUAUUUUAAAAGGUAAUGCUGGAGCUCUGAGUUAAUUUCCUCUUCCUGCUCCAGGCAGAUAGUACUCUGUUUUUCUGACUUCGCCGCACUUUUCUCUUUACGGGUGUUGCACAUGAGCCGCACACUGAGCUGGCGUAGGAUCAGUCCUUGAGGGGGAAGCUACACGGAGCAAAUGGUAUGUGUGGUUUGUGGGAUCCAUAGGUUGAACAGGGGUUGAAGACAUUUGAGAUGCUUAACUUUUCUCAAUUGUUUAUCUUUGGACAAACUUUACCUGAGUGACUGUCAGUCACACAGUUUACUCCUUGACUAAAAGAAAGCUUUACGUUUUGUCUAAUGCCUUGAUUUCCAAGUAAAACUUGGAGGGACCUGUAACUUAGACCAACCAAACUGUGAAUUGUGAUUGCAUUGUUUUGUGGGUAAGUGCAAUAUUUUAAAAUAAAAGCACACUUUUUUUUAACAAUACCAGUAGUGAUUUAAAAUGGCAAUAAUUUCUGUGAAGUGUACAGCGUCGAUGUGUUUUAGUAGCUUUAGUCAUACAUAGCUGUCUUGUGCCAGUUCAUCAGCUGUAAGCUGACACUGCUGGUGAUCCCUUGUCACAUUUUUCCUUUGCUGCUGUAUCAGCAGGUAAUUAGCUGUUGGUUUGACCAGCAGGGGGCAGCGUAUUUCAAGUUCAACAUCAACCUCUGUUGUGUGGUUCUUUUAUUCUGCCUUUUGAUUGAAUGUGCAUUGUGUGUGUAUAGGGAGCACUCUGGGGUCUCACAUUUCUUUUCUUUUUUUAAUUGAUUUUCCUUUCUUUUCUGACUGGCAUCACAAUCUUUGUAAUAUACUGUUAAAAUGUUAGGGCAUUGUGGAAGGAACACAUCCCUUUUAUUACAAUUGUUCAGUUUAUGACAAAUGUGAUACAGCUGAGAUGCAAAAUCUUUAGAGUUGUUCUCAAAGAUUGCAGAAUAUGCUUGUUUACUUUAAAACACUUUACCUUUUGUUGCUUUAACAGCAAAACCCAAUAAACAUUGUCCUGUUUUUUAUAAAAUUUGAAUGCCUUUUUUGA